GAUGCUCAGAGGAACCGUGAAAAAGCUGUACAGUUUCUGAAGUCCAGCUUGGCAAGGGUUCGUGAGAAAGAAGCAAGGCAGGAGCAGCAGCACCAGGAGUACAUGUGCAGGAGGAUGGAAACGGUGUUAUCCCUGAAGAACAACAUCACUUCAACUCGGGAGAACUUCCGAACCCUUCAGACCCGGGAUAAAGCCCUUGCGCUGGAAGCCAGAGAGCAAGAGCAGAAAAUGAAGGAGGCCAUCCAGGCGCAGGGCCUCGAUGUCACCCGGGAGCUUUUGCUCCAUAAACGACAGGAAGAGUUCGAGAGGCAGAAGAAGGAAUUUACGGAACAGCAGAAAGCGAAGAAAAUUGAGAUCGUAGCUCGGAUUUUGAAAGAAGAAGCUCAGCUGGAGAAAGUGAGGAAACAGUCCCGCCCGUGGAGACAGAAAAAGAAGGGAAAGCUCUCUGAUGCUAUAAGGUGGCGCAGAAAAACAUGGCGGUAUAUAGAGAACGCGUGUGCUGAGCCGGAUGCAACUGUUACUCAGAAAUCCUGGCGCACCCCUUCACCUUGUUCUUCCCCGGAUGACAAAAAAGAUGGCCUGGAGGAGUCUUCUCGGAAAGCAACCGAAGAGAUGGCUCAUAAAAGCAAACACGAAGGAAAGGAGGAAGACUCAAGGGAGACUCUAGCUGAACCGGAGUUUACAGGAAUUUGGGAUCAAGAGUGCGACAUAUCCAAGGUGCCAGAUGGCAGAAUGGAUUCCAAACCUUUGGGUGCCAGUAAAACGGAAAAGGAUAUCUUUGCUCGAAACUUGGAGAAGCUGCACAGCGGAGUCAUCCACAAACAUCGAGUCUCUGGGCGUGAAUUUAAGGGGUGCCCUUUCUACAGCAAGCCAAGCCUUAUUCACUUCAAGGACUUUGAUGUCGGUAAAACCUAUAAAAAGAAGGUGAUUUUGAUCAACGCCUUCUAUAGCAUUAACUACUGCAAGCUAGUGGGAGUCAGUGAACACCUCAAAGACUUCUUCACUGUUCAUUUUGACCCCCCUGGCCCCAUGUCUGCUGGAAUGUCAUGCGAAGUCGGUGUGACCUUUAAACCAAUGAUAAACGAAGAUCUCGAAGGAGAAGUCGCCUUUUUAUCUCACAUUGGCUCCUUUUCAAUCCCGUUAAAAUGUUCAACCAAGAAAUGUGUGCUGGCACUAGAUAAAGAGCUCAUUGACUUCGGCACUCAUGUGGUGGGAGAGACAAUUUCACGGACCAUCACCUUGACGAACAGCGGGGCCUUGGCAACGCGGUUCCAGCUCUGCAGAUCAGCCGGCUCGGGUGCCGCGCGCAUGGUGAUAUCACCCCCUUCCUUCGAGAGAGCGGUUACCGAAGGUGAUAUUGGGCCCUUCAGCUCUGUCAAACUGCAGAUUAUUUUCACUCCAGCAGUUCCUGGGGAUGUUCGUGCUGAAUUUGAGAUUACCUUUGACAACUUUGACACACCCGCCUGCGAUCCAGGUGGUUUGCACUUCAGUGCCGUUGCCGUUUCUGUGGCCGUGCCUGUAUGGGUGCCCAAUCCAGAUGUCGACCUCAAAAUCUGUAUGUACGACAGGCUGUAUCAGGACUGCAUCAUCAUUCAAAGUAGAGCAACGUCUGCACUACGCUUGAAGUUUGAGGUUUGCAAGGAACUGGCCAAUCACAUGGAACUGCUUCCAAAGACAGGCUACAUUCAAGCCCAUUCAUCCUUCAGUGUGCAGCUGAAGUUCCUGCCAAGGAAAUCUCUUCUGGAAGACGCAGGAAAGUACUUUGAUGAGCAGACCAGGGUCUUGGAAGUCCCAAUGACUAUAGUAGUUUCAGAUCAGAGCAAGCCAGUUGAAUUUACCGUCCACGCAGUCAUCACCACCUCCGAUCUGGAGAUCAGUCCAACAGAGGUGGAUUUUGGAUACUGCUCCAUCUAUGAAGCAGUCCAGAGCACAAUCACGCUCACAAACAAAGCUCUUCUGCCCCAGGAGUUUGGCUUUGUAGGGCUCCCAGAGUUUGUAGAAAUUCAGCCUGAUGAUGGAUUUGGAACUCUCCUCCCCCUUGAAAGUUUGAACCUGGACAUAAUCUUCAAAGCCAACAAGGCAAAGGAAUACAGCUUUGAGCUGACCUGCAAGACUGAGAUCAAUAGACAGUUCAAGCUGUCGUGCAAAGCCAUCGGCGUCCACCCUCCUCUGGAGCUCUCCCAUUCCUUGGUUCAGUUUGCCGCCACCGCUCUCAAUGAUGUGUCGACAGCCACCCUCUUUGUGAUCAAUAACCACGUGAGCCUCAAUCAGUUCACCCACGCCGUCCCAAGGAUCGGCAAGGGAGACGUCGCCCCCGUCGGGCCCACCUCCUUCCAGUUUGUCAUCCCCGAAGAUUCUCCUGUCACGAUCAUGCCGUGUGUUGGAACGGUUCUGCCUGGGAAGAAGUCCUUGGUGGAAGUGUCCUUCCGCCCAGUGUUGAGCGAACAGAUGAUCAGGCAAGAGGCAGUCGAAAUGGCACGCCGGGCUGCAGAAAUGAAGGAGAAGAAGGCCCGGGAGCUGGAACUGCAGAGGAAGAAGGAGGAGUCCCUGGCUGGACGGAGGAGACUGGGAAGUGGCUCCUUCCUGGGCCAGUUCUCGAGGGACAAAUACAGCAAGCAGGCCCUGAAGGUGUCAGAGGUGCCCGAACCGGAAAACAUUCUGCUAAAUUCUGAAGAAUACAUCGCAGCUCAUUUGGCGCUGAUUCGGAAUUUCACUGAUCGAUUUGAGAGAUUUAUUGUACCCUGCCUGGUCGCAAGCGGUGCUAUAGAUGAGAAGAAAGAACCCGAAAACUUGCAGUACAGUCCGUAUAAUACCUUGUACCUAGAGCUUCAUUGUCCUUCCGUGGCGCCCUCUCUGCUGUUGCUUUCGAACAAUGGGAGAAGCACCAUCAACUUUGGCUGCAUUGCUGUGGGGCACAGAGUUAUGAAAGAACUCAAGAUACAGAACAUUUCCCAAGAACAACUACCUCUGGGAUAUUCCCUCUUGAGUCCCUUUGGACCCUUCUGGUUGUUGAAUCCCGUUCGUAUGCUUGAGGAAGGAGAAUCCCGAGAGCUCAGCAUCUCGUUCUGUCCAGAGGAAAGCAGAGCGUUCUGUGAAAUGCUGGGAAUCCGAAGCCAGAAAGCGACCCUCUCCAUCACUUUGAUCGGCGAGGGAGUGAUCCCUUCGAUCCUUUGCUCGGUGGAAGGAGACGUCUUCAACCUGGGCCAUGUCGUCGCCAAGGAAACGGCCAUUUCCACCUUUAAGAUAGAGAAUACGUCCUCCAUAGCCCUGAAAUUCUCCAUCCUUCUCGAGUCUCUCUCACCAAAUCGGGACAAAGAGCAGCAGAAGCUUCCCACUUUCCUCUCAUCUCCAGGGAAAACGGAUUUAGUGGGUACACAGAACUACAGCGGUCUGAGUGUGUUCAGCGUCUCCCCAGUCGAAGGUACCGUUGGUGUCGGAAAGACCCAGGAGUUCACCAUCACCUUCAGCCCCGACCACGAGAGCCUGCAUUAUUCCGACUGCCUAAAGAUCAUGCUCUUUGACAAGGAAGUCAUCCGUGUCAUCCAGCUGAAAGGGGCCGCGAGGAACCACAUGAUGUACGUGGAAGGAGGCGACCCAUUGGAUGUGCCCGUAGAGUCACUGGCCCUGACGACGUCUCUGGCAGAAGAAGCAGCCAAACUCACAAAACCCAUCCUUCUGAGGCUGGAGUGCGUUCAGUCCGAGACCUUGGUGAUCCCGGCUGUCAGGGAGCUGCGAGUGGGUGGAAUACGAACUGCCCAGUUCCCCUCGAAGAAGAAUGUCGAAUUCAGCUGGGAAAGCCUGUCCAUCCUGCAGAUGAAAGGAUUCACCAUUGAUCCUGUGAAAGGAACGGUCGAUCGCGGGCAAACCAAAGCCAUUACUGUUUCUUGGGCGCCCCCUGCUGGCUUAGAUCCUGAUCAGCUUGUGACAGGGACGGCCAUGCUGACUCUGAAAGGGGACGUUAAAGAAGUUUACAGCGUCUACUUCAUGAGCAGGAUCGUGACCAAGACCCCCUGCUAA